AUGUACUGCAAGCAGACGCCAAACUCAGGGUCGGCUCACAUUCACACACUCCGUCCGGCGGGUUCAUUCUAUUAUGACUACACCGAAGGGUUUGAGACUCCAGAAACGGCUGAUGCUGCUCCUUCCACCGAGGCCAACACUCCGUUAGCACCCAUACCCAAGCAUGCUUCGAGUUUUGUCAAAGCUUUGGUACUCCGCGACGAGAACAAGGCCCGUCUCGACGCGGUGGUAGACUUUUCCGUGAAGGAUUCAAGCGAUUCGUCUGGAGAUGACGGUCGAGGUGCAGCCCAGGGCGACGCUGACCCCAAGGAUAUUUCUCCCUCUCUGGCCCCUUUCUCUUUCGAAAAGGAUGGCAGCUCAGUUUCCCAUCCGAAUGACGCUGACCUUGGAAAAGGAUAUUUCAACAUGAUGUCCCUUUUCGCAGAUGAUUCGAAUGCUAGCCAAAGCGAGCGUGCGCGCGAUUCAGCAAGGCAUGGACUCGAAGAUGAUGCCCAUGAUUACAGAAUCAUCGAUGGGGCGUGGAAGAGUCUGAGUGCUGAUGAAAGGGACCAGACACGUGCAGAUGUUCCAACGACAAGGGAUCGUGUCGACAGUAUUCCUCCCGAAGACAAUGUCGCCAAAAGAUUAUCAGGUCAAGGCAAGCUACGUAAGUCUCCAAGCGCUCCAGCAGCCGUCAUGUCGACAUCGCGACAAUCAUCGUCUCAAGGUGGGCUCGCGGCGUUGCUCCGACAGAGUGUUCGACACUCUGUUGACCCUGGCCUUUCUGACUUGGCGGCACUGGUUUCAUCUUUUGAGCGCAUUGCCAAGUCCCCUUUCCUGAGGAAAGAAACAGGGCGCUCGGGAAUGAUUGACGAUGCUAACUACGGCGAUUCAGAGUAUUCUGAUGAACCCAAGGCGAAUGCAGAAGGAACCAUCAGUGCAAACCAGCAGAGUACUGAUCAAAUUGACGCCAACAGCAAGACCAAGACUUUGAAGCCCUUCUUCAGAGGUCAUCGGAGGAAUCAAGCGGUUGCGUGCAUUGGCACAAACAGCCUUCGAUCCGAAACGCCAAAAUCAAUCAAAAGUGCGAAUGCAACCAUCAUCUGCCCCGAACCCAUUUCUCCAGCUCGCCAGCUCAGAGUCAGAAAUAGUAUCCCCCAGCUCAUGAAGGCGUUGCCUUCUAUCCCCAACGAGUCGCCAUACAUGUCACCACAAGCGUCAAUCAAGUCUACAGACGACAUAAGCUUCCCGGUUGAGUUCACCCCUUUCAAGCUUGAAAUUCUUCCGACUCCUGGAUCAAGUCCUAGGAUUACUCUCAAGUCAACCGUCGAGGAUCAUGAGUCUUUCAGGGCGAGCAUCAAGGUUGAGACAGAGCCUUUGGACCGAUCUACAGAUCAGAAAUCAGUCUUGAGUAACAAGUCAAUCUCGAACGAAGUCAACAUGAUCAGAGAGGUGCCUGUUUCUUGUGUACCCUCUGAGCAAAAUUUCGUGGAUGUCGGGUGCACAGCCGGACUACGAGGACCGACACAAAGUGUUCGACUGAGGACAUCGCGUGAUCCACUGGGCAUGUUUGUGGAAGAGAAUCCAAGCGGCACUGUCAGACGAUACCUGAGCUUCUCCAAAGAGAGGCCUCUCAGCGACGUGGUGGAGGACCCGUCGGAAGGCAUCCAGGCUCAGGUACAGUACAGAAAACCUCGGGAUGGCCGAGUAUACCAGCGUAAGGGGAGACAGUUUCGCCUUGUCACGCCCAACGGGCGAGGCGCCAGAAGAGUAAACCGUCCGCCUUACUCUCCUGCAGAUACCAACUCUAGUGAUGGAUACUUACAUGAGCGUUACAUACCUCUGGCUCACCCGGUCGACGAGAACCUGAGGCCAAGCAGCUCGAUCGAGGGUUACGAUUUGAGCGAUACACGCAGCUCCAGCUCUGACCUGAGCUUCAUUCGCCCAAAGAUUAUUCGCAAGAAGCUUUCGCACCUGAAGGUUCGCAUGGCCAGAUCACGUCUCAACUUGAGGGGCAGGAACAUUGGUUCAACGGAUUCUGACGCCACCAUUCGAUUGCAAGUUCAACGGGGUGUAUCAGCGCCUGGCCAGUCCAAGAAAGUGGGCAACAAAAUGAAAGGGUGGUUCAGACGAGCUGUCCACAUCGUCAUCAGGAGGCGGUGA